CAACUUUACCCACGCUCCUCCGUCGUCAUUCGCCGCAUCACGACUUUCGCUAUUUAUCAGAUGUAGCCAAAAUCGCUUAGCUGUAUGCCGUCGGAACAUGUAAACAAGAACAACCUGCUCGUACCACUUAGCGUUUACCAAAAUCAACAUGACAGGAGCUUCUCAGGAUCCCAAGUCUGCUCUUCGACAAUGCUGGUCCCGGGUGUUUGCUCGAUUGGAAGACCCGAAGUAUAUCAGCGAGUUCCCGUCUGAGGAAAGUAUGUAUGUCAAUUUUUUUCUGCUGUGCGCGUUCGACGACUUCGACUUGACGCUGCAGCGCUUCCUGCGGGCUCGAAAAUUCCAUCUCGAGCAGUCUACGGACAUGCUCAUGAAUGCGAUCAGCUGGCGAGCGUCCAUCGGACUACGAGACAUCAUGCUGCAAGGCGAGGCCGGGCUAAACGAGAUGAUGAUUAAGGCAUCAAUGUACUUUAUCUGGGGUCAGGACAAGGCCGGACGGCCAAUUGUGUUCUUGAACAUGCACAAUUUCAUUCCUCCCAGAUCAGAGAAGGAAACGGUUGAGCUCAGAGCAGUUGUGUUGUACGCCAUGGAGAACGCAAGACUGUUCCUGGAUUCCGAACAAAACACAUCUCAUGGAGUGCUUGGUCUGGCCGACUUGAGUUCGUUUGCUCGCAAGAACAUUGACCUCGAGUUUUCGCGCAUCUUCAUUGAGAUUUUCCAAAACUACUUCCCGGAGAUCUUGGGCAAGGCUCUUGUUGUGGGCAGCGGCCUGCGUAUGGCCCUGUUUGAAGGCGUCUGGAGAUUUGGAAAAUACUUUAUGGAUCCAGAAGUGCGUAAAAAAGUGUCUUUCUGUCGCCCGAAUCAGUUGACAGAGUAUGUGGACACAGAGUUUAUACCGAUUUCCCUGGGCGGCCACUUUGACGAGGCCAAGCUGUAUGAACUCGACCAGCGUAACCCAUUGAGGCACGAAGAAGUCUCCCGUACACCUUCCGCCAAAACGAUAGCGGAAUUGGACGGAGAAUUCAUUGACGCUUCGAAGAAGUUUAUCGCGCUUACUCGCGAAUGGAUUUACGCCGAAGGAAAGCCGACCGAAGCCAAAAUAGAGGCGGAGCGAAACGCACUCAAGAAACAGUGCAAGUUGCUCUGGCGCAAGGAAAUCGCCGUUCGCCCAUUGAACCUGUACCAGCGUCUCGGUUUGAUUGAUCCCAAGGGCAUCGUGAAUUGGGACAAAGCACGUACCAUGGUUUAAAACAGGUCUCGCUUCGGACGAAUGGAUUGUUUCAUGUUGUGUAUGAAUUAGAUAUCUCUUUGCGAAUGAAUACCAAAAUUCUGUAUCGAUAUAGA